UUCGCCGGCCGUUGGCCUGUUCGCUCCAAACAAUAGCAUGGGUCUAUCUAUAUGUAUUUAAUCAAUGCCAAUUAUUAACCACUUCUCUACUAUUUAACCGCUUUCAACACCGAAUUACGUAUGACAUUUUUAUUUUUGACAACAACAUCAACAUAACCACACAUAACCUAAAACAUCAAAAUGAAACCAAAAGAGGCACCAAUUUGCAAGUCGGAGUGCAUUUUCAAGCGAAAAAAGAUACACCCGCAGAACAUCGUCCUGCGGCUGAAAAACCGCGAAACCUUCUCCUACCGAAGACCCGGCACCCACUUCCACACCGCGAGACAAUUCUACCAAAGCAUUUUUCCGAAUUUUACUGUGAUAAACGUGGAAAAGCCGCCUUGUUUUCUGCGGAAGUUCAGCCCCGACGGAAAGUACUUUAUCGCUUUUUCGUCGGACCAAACCUCCCUCGAAGUGUACACCUACAAGGGUCCAGCGGCCGCGGCUGACUUAUUCUACCGCUGCGACAACUGCGGGGCCGAGAAACGAUCUGAGAUUUGUAGUAAAAUAUUCGACAGAAUGUUUAAGCUGAAAUAUACGGUUCACGUGACCGAAGGCAGUGAGGAGCUUAAUAGGGAAUGCAGUUUGUUCAGCGACGACGGUCGAUAUGUGAUAAUAGGGUCUGCGGCGUUCAUCCCUGAGGAAAUAAGGCCAUCGUUUUACGAAAUACACACGAAUAACGAAUCUGUGACUCCCAACCCGCGGUCACCUCUAGAAAACUACACUUUACACUUAGUUGAUUUACACUUAGGCAAACUGUGUGAUACGCGACAAUUUAAAGUAGACAAAAUUUUUCUCUCGCAUAACCAAGGUCUCUAUUUGUACAAAGACAUCCUAGCUGUGCUCUCCAUACAACACCAAGUCAUCCACAUCUACCAAAUCUUGGACGGGAUGUUCGUCAACGUGCGAAAAAUCGGCCGCUUUUGCUUCGAAGACGACUCCUACUUCUACAAUUUGGUUUACCCGAACGAACGAGCGUUCAGAGACGUUAGUAUAAAUUCUCUAAAGCACCGACUUCUAACUUUUUUGUAUAAAAGAGCGGUCACGAUUAGUAGAAGGGACAACAGCCCGCUGGAAAUACGGAAAUUCUUUCACCACUUCAGCAACUACAACGCUUUGAAGUUGUGGAAAAUGCAACUACUAGAUGAAAAUCAUCUACUGAUUAAGUACGCAAGCGAAGAUGUGGUUACUUUGAAGUGUACCGACGCCAGUACGCAGCCGUCUUUUUUCAUAGUUUAUAAUAUGAAAGAGAGCAAGAUUUUGGCGAUUUAUGAAAACACGUCGACUGAUUUGUUGAAUUUGUUUGAGAAUUUCUGUGAUUCGUUUAGGAAUGCGAGCGUGAAUAGCGAGACGCAGUUUACUUGUAGUCCCUCGAAUAACAUUUAUGCUCGAAUUUUGCAACAAAGGUUUAAACAAACCAUAGUUAGUGCUAAAUACGGGGGCGAAACUGAAGCCACGAAAAGACUGUUAGCUCAAUUACCAAUAAGUGCCCAAUCUUACAGUAGUUCGCCUUAUUUAGACUUAUCUUUGUUUAGCUAUGAUGAUAAAUGGGUGUCUGUGAUGGAGAGGCCGAAGACUUGUGGCGAGUACCCAAUCAGAUUCUACGGCCGCGACUCUGGUCUCCUCAAAUUUCAAAUUUUCGCCGGUGGUACCAGGCUGAUGUACCCAUCGGCGCGCAGACUGGUUGCUUUCACGUUUCACCCAACGGACCCAUUUGCCAUAUCAGUGCAACGAACCAACGCCAACUACGUCGUUAAUUUUCACGUCAGACAGGACCCAACAUACGGAAACGUAAAUUUCUACGAAGAUUGCCAAUACGUUUUAUAACAUAAUAAAGUUGUGAUAAAAUAAAAUAAUUUUAUUGUUACGAGAUAAUUACAUUAAAGCCUAUUUUCCAAAAAUA